AUGACAUGUUACGAAACAAGUAAAAAUGACGAUGAACAAAAUGACGAUCAAGAGGAAGAGAUAACUGAACCAGAAGGGUUAAUAGAUGUCGAAGAAGAAUAUGAGAACAGACCCACGCCGAACCUUGAGGAAACAGAAGCAGUUAACCUAGGAAGUGAGGAGUUGGUAAGGGAGACUAGAAUAAGUGUGCACUUGAUAGAAGUUGAGAAAGAAGGGUAUCGGAGCCUACUGAAAGAGUAUGAAGAUGUUUUUGCUUGGUCAUACGCCGAUAUGCCAGGUUUGAGUACGAAUAUUGUUGCCCAUAGGUUGCCAAUCCUCGAAGGGUUCGCCCCGGUAAAACAGAAAAUCAGGCAGCCUAAGCCCGAUGUCAGCAUUCGAAUUAAAGAAGAAGUAGAAAAACAGAUUCAGUCGGGGGUCGUUGAGGUGACACCAUACCCGACAUGGUUAGCAAACAUAGUUUCGGUACCAAAGAAAGAUGGGAAAAUAAGGAUUUGUGUGGACUACCGUGAUCUCAACCGCGCUAGCCCAAAGGAUAAUUUUUCGCUCCCAAAUAUUCACAUACUCAUUGAUAACUGCGCCAAGCAUGAGGUGCAAUCUUUUGUGGAUUGCUACGCCGGCUAUCAUCAGAUAUUGAUGGAUGAAGAAGAUGCUAAAAAAAUGGCAUUCAUCACACCGUGGGGAGUGUAUCAUUAUCGGGUAAUGCCUUUCGGACUCAAGAAUGCCGGCGCCACUUACAUGAGGGCAAUGACCGCCGUCUUUCAUGAUAUGAUGCACAAAGAAAUUGAGGUGUAUGUGGAUGACGUCGUCAUCAAAUCCCGAAUAGGUGAGGACCACCUCGAACAUUUGCGAAAAUUCUUUGAUAGACUCCGCAAGUACGAUUUGAAGUUGAAUCCUACAAAAUGUGCAUUUGGAGUGCCUGCUGGAAAGUUACUAGGAUUCAUAGUCAGUCGUCGGGGUAUCGAGUUGGACCCCACCAAGAUCAAAGCAAUCCAAGAGCUACCACCUCCUAGAACAAAGAAAGAGGUCAUGAGCUUCUUAGGAAGAUUGAAUUACAUCGGACGCUUCAUCGCCCAGUCCACAGUGAUCAUAGAACCAAUCCUCAAGCUUCUCAAGAAAGAUGCUCCAACCAAAUGGACGGAAGACUGUCAGAAAGCCUUUGACACAAUCAAAAGAUACCUGUCAAAUCCACCUGUUUUGGUCCCGCCAAGGCCGGGAAGUCCUUUGCUGCUAUACAUGUCGGUGUCAGAAAAUGCUUUCGGAUGCAUGUUAGCACAAAAUGACGAGACAGGCAAGAAAGAGAGAGCCAUCUAUUACAUCAGUAAAAAGUUCACACCUUGCGAAUCCAGAUACUCCUUGGUGGAAAAGACGUGUUGCGCCCUAACUUGGGUAUCUCAGAAGUUGAGACAUUAUAUGGCUGCCUACACGACUCAUCUGAUUUCAAGAAUGGAUCCACUAAGGUACAUCUUUCGCCAACCCAUGCCCAUAGGGAAACUGGCCAAAUGGCAAAUGCUUUUAAGUGAGUUCGACAUCCAGUACGUUGCACAAAAGGCAGUCAAAGGGCAGGCAUUGGCAGACCUAUUGGCAGGAAGCCCGGUAGAUGACAAUCCAGUACCUUUAUGGACUUACUUCCCAGAUGAAGAAAUAAUGACAAUUGAAGGUGAGGAAAGUGAAGACGAGUCAGGAUGGAAAGUAUACUUUGAUGGAGCAGUCAAUUUUAAAGGAUCAGGGAUCGGAGCCGUCUUGGUUUCAGACUCAGGCCAAUAUUAUCCAGUGGCGGCCAAGUUAAGUUUCAAUUGCACUAACAACAUGGCUGAAUAUGAAGCCUGUGUCUUGGGUCUACGUUUAGCUCUCGACAUGGAUGUGAAAGAUCUUCAGGUAAUUGGCGACUCGGAUUUGCUAAUCCACCAAGUUCGAGGAGAGUGGGCCACCAAAAAUGAAAAGAUCAUACCAUACGUCGGACUUGUGCAAAGAUUGGCAGAUCGUUUCCAAGAAGUCAAGUUCAAACAUAUACCAAGAACUCAAAAUGAAUUCACCGAUGCAUUGGCAACAAUAGCAUCCAUGAUCCAGCAUCCCGACAGUAGAUACAUUGAUCCUGUCAAAAUCGAAAUUAAAGAUCAGCCAGCCCACUGUGCUUUUGUAGAAGCUGAGACUGAUGGAAAGCCUUGGUAUGUUGACAUUAAAAUAUUCUUGGAGAAAGGAGAAUAUCCCGAAGGAAUCACCUUGAAUCAGAAGAGGACUAUCAGGAAAUUGGCAAAUGGCUUUUUCCUUAACAAGAAUGUCCUUUACAAAAGAACUCCAGAUUUGGGAUUGCUUAGGUGUGUUGAUUCUUCUGAAGCCACAAAAUUGAUUGAAGAAGUGCAUGCUGGAACCUGCGGGCCUCACAUGAAUGGGUUCGUGCUAGCAAAGAAAAUUUUGAGAACAGGUUAUUCUUGUACGACCAUGGAAAAUGACUGCAGCAAAUUUGUCCAAAAGUGCCACAAGUGUCAGAUUCAUGGAGACUUGAUAAAAGUCCCUCCAAUAGAACUAAAUGCUAUGACAUCACCUUGGCCAUUCGCCGCUUGGGGCAUGGAUGUCAUAGGACCAAUUGAGCCAGCUGCGUCAAACAAACAUCGUUUCAUCUUGGUUGCCAUAGACUACUUCACCAAGUGGGUAGAAGCAGCAUCUUAUUCAUCAGUGACAAAGAAAGUGGUCACGGACUUUGUGCGCAACAACAUCAUAUGCCGAUUUGGCAUCCCAGAAUCAAUCAUAAUAGACAAUGGGGCUAACCUGAAUAGCCAUUUGAUGAGAGACAUGUGUGCGCAGUUUCGGAUUACCCACCGGAAUUCAACCGCAUAUCGUCCGCAAAUGAAUGGGGCUGUAGAAGCCGCCAACAAAAACAUCAAGAAAAUCCUCCGAAAGAUGAUUGAUAACUACAAAGAUUGGCAUGAACAAUUGCCUUAUGCAUUGCUGGGAUACCGCACUACGGCCAGAACUUCGACUGGAGCCACUCCAUACCUAUUGGUAUAUGGCACCGAAGCAGUAAUACCAGCCGAAGUAGAAAUCCCUUCACUUCGGAUAAUACAAGAAGCUGAGUUGGACGAUGCGGAGUGGAUCCGUAAAAGGUAUGAGCAGCUGGCUCUGAUAGAUGAAAAGAGGAUGAUCAUUGUUUGCCAUGGUCAACUGUACCAGCAGAGAAUGGCACGUGCUUUCAACAAGCGUGUGAGAACUAGGGUGUUUCAAAUUGGGCAAUUGGUACUCAAACGAAUAUUCCCUAAUCAAGAAGAAUACAAAGGGAAGUUCGCACCAAACUGGCAAGGGCCCUAUAUGGUAUGA